ACUCGUUGGAAUCCCAAAAUGGCCGCCACUAUGGCCGAUUUUUUCACCUACUUACGAUUUCGAGCGCACAAAUCUCUUCGUAAACAAAACCAGCGCACCUGAUCUUCUUAUUUUAAGCUUAUUACAAGUGAGCAAGAACAGAAUAAUGAAAUGCACUGUUGUUUGAAGCUUGUUUCUUGAGAUUUGUGCAUCUGAAGUUCUGAUGCACUGUUGAAGCGGGAUUUCAAGACGUUUGUCCUUAACGAAGUAAUAUUUUCCAAAUCGGUUUCGAAACACAGUUAGAGAAAUGAUUAAGGUAUCUUCCUGGUGGAAAAUGUUUUAUCAGUUUUAUAGCGCAUUUAGUUCACCACUAGACUAUCGCACUAGCUUUCAAGAGUGCAAAAACGCAAAUAAAAGUGCGCGAUUGUAUCAAAACAACUCGGUGUCUUCAGGGCACUUAUUCAGCAUAUAUCGAAGAAAUAGUGCACCGAAGACAUCAACUUGAUUUGAUGCAAUUGCGCACUUUUAUUGACGUUUUCGCACUUAUGAAGACUGAGUGCACAGUCCAGUGGUGAACUAAAUGCGGUAUACAAAAACCAUUUUUAAACGGAAUUUCGAAAAAAAAAAUGGUUUCUGGGGAACUAAUAAGCAUUUUCCACCUCAUCAGGAGCUACUUUGAUCCUUCCUCUAACUGUGGAUGGAAACCGUUCUGGAAAAUCCCGAUUUUAGUGUUACAUAAUAAAUGGAUGCUGCCUUAGUGGUAGUCAAAUUCAAACCACUACCAUGAACGCCUCAAAACUUGUACUAAUUUAUCUAUUAUCAUGGGCAUUGCCUAUUGCCUUUCUACAGGACCUAUCACCCUCACCAGACAGCGACGCCAAAUGGACACUAUACACCUCCGUACCGCCCGAUGGUGUUAAACUGGCAGUGCAGGACUGCGAGUUCGGGUUCCGCUACAAAGUGGAAAACAGAGUUACCAAGGGCAGGGUCCAAUACUAUUACUGCCGACGGAUCAAAGCAAAAGCCUCCAAGCAAUGUGAGCGACGCUUAAUGGUGUUCAUCCCGAAUGGAUCGGAUGUCAACUGCAGCAUCAACCUCCGAGGCACCCACACUUGCGGUACCGCGAAGAGCGAAGAUUUGGCCAAGAUACCACUCAGCAAAAAGGAUGUUGCUGAAAUAAACGACUUGCUACAUAGCGGUAUCCCGCUGAAGGACAUCAAAAAACACAUCCGAGCUUCUAAUCAGCAAGUGUCGAAGAACCGGGUCAACUAUGCGGUAAAGCAAGCAUCGCAGGCUUUGUACGGGUGUGGAGAGCUAUCAUUGGGUGACCUGGCAGCCUGGGCCAAGCUUCAUUCAACUACGCCACCGGGCAAUGAAACGGGGUUCGUCAUUGGCUCGGAUUUUGACGGUACGACCGGGCGCUUCAGACUGGUAUAUUCCAGCAAAAAAUUGAUGUCGCGGUUCAGUACCCUGGACGUGUUGUCGGCUGACUGCACGUUCAAAACUACUUUGCAAGGGUACCCACUGGUCGUGGUAUGUCUGGUGGACAAAAUGCGCCACGCGCACCCGGUGGCUUUUGCUUCGAUCACAAAGCAAGAAGAAGCCGACUAUUAUUUUGUGCUGGCAACCCUGCAGGAUCAGUGCAAUCGGAUGGGCAUAAGCUGCUCGGUGAAGGCGUUCAUCAGCGAUGGUGAAAUCGCCUUGAAGAAAGCAGCGCGGUCGGUCUUCGGUGAACACGUACUACUAGUAAAUUGUUAUUUCCACGUGGUACAGAACAUAAAAAAGUACCUAACGAAGGCCAAGGAAAGUGCCGACCACAAGGAACGCAUCCUCAAGGAUGUGAACCGCAUACAGGUUGCGCCCACUCCGCGGCACUUCGAUGAUGCGUGCGGGUUGUUUUGUAUGAAAUACGGUGCUCUGCCGGGCUUCGUUCAAUUUUUCGAAAAAUACAUUGAUAACGAGUACUACAAAAAUUGGUACGAAUGUGCCUUACCAGGAUACCCGGCCACCAACAAUUCCCUGGAAGCAUUGAACAGGGCGAUAAAAGACCACCAUUUAGACCGUACGAGGGAGCCGUUCGGUACCUUCAAAACAAAAAUCAUGAAAGUCGUGGAGAAGUAUGGCGCGGACGAACGGAUCAUUUACGAUAAACGGUUGUAUACGAUUGAAGAUGAACGCCGAGCCUUUAACUUCAUCCGUGCAGGGAAGCGAACGCGGAUCGUACAAGAUUGGUCCGACCGGGCAAAAUAUAUGUACUUCCCAACCGCUAACAAUACAGAGGUAACUGUACGUGAGAUCGAAGUGUUUAAUAACCCGGACCGCCGCAGCUUGGAACACUAUCUGAAGGACAUGGAGCUGAUUUACUGCAUUGGAAUAACUGACGAUCACUGGACGACGUGGAACUGCUCAUGCCGCUGGUUCAGCAAGCAUAAUUCCUGCUACCACGUGGUGGUUGCAGCGGUCACAACAAAAAAAUAUCAGCUCCGCCCGGAGGCAAACACAUCUUCGCUGACACAAAAGCGUCCCCCCGGCAGACCAAAAAAAAUGACCAAAGCCCUCAUAGUUGACUAAGGGGCGAUUUCUUCACCCUGGCUUAAGCGUUAAACCAGGUUUAACGCCUGGCUUACCGGUUAAGCCGAGGUGAAGAAAUCGACUGUAAAUCAAUGAUUCUGUUUUUAUUUUUAUUGCUCUUUCCGCUAAAUCCGGAAUAUAUUUUGCCGUUAACGUGAUUUAAACUUGAAUUCAACCGUAACCCCGAUUAAUUUUGAAUUUGUUGCUAUUUUUGUUUUUUUUUUGUUUUAUUUUAAACUUGUUUUUUUUUUGUUUUGUUUUAAACUUGUUGUCCUUACAAACAAUGAAAAAAAAUUUGUAACAUCAAAUUUAAAUGACAA